AUGACCGAAGAUUACUAUCCUGAUACACAACCCUUAGUUAAAGAUGAAAAUGAAACCUCCGCCGCCCUUGGCAUCGCCCUAGCUUUGAACUGUCUCGAAUAUGUCGGAGAAAAUGUUUUCCGUUUAGACCAGAAUAUAGCGAAGUUGGAGUCACCUGCUAGCUAUUAUGAGCCGGAUUUAGAAGAUACUAUGUUCUCUACAGAUUCAUUCAAUCAUGAUUCUGAAUUUGAAAUGUUUUCGGUUAAGUCCCAAACAGAGUUCUCAACCCAGCUUUCGAUGGAUGAUUCAAGUACAAUAUUCGAUGAUAUACAUGAGGACCUCUCGACGAUGGCAGGCUCAGAACCAGAUGAAGAAAUCGCUUUGGAAGAGCCAGAAUCUAACGCUCCCAGGAGAUCGACUCGUCUGGUUCCUCCAAUUAACAUAAAACCCAGUCCAUCGAUAGAAAAUUGCAAACCUCAAAUCAAGCGCAGGAGGAGUAAAAAGAAAUGCGAUGAGCCAGUUGAUGAUAGUAGUAAACCGGAUUACAGAGUGGAAGCUCGUGUAAGGAAAAUGCUAGAUGAGCAGAAGGCUUUCAUGCUUUCUCUUGCCGCGGGUAAAACUACUGAGGUUCAAGUCCAGGAUUUCAUUGUGCGCGGCUUCAGAUUCGUCGCCGGGAAAUGUUGUGCUUUAACGGCAAACUCUUUCAAGCUUCAUACGAGCCUGAAGCUGGUAUUGGUCAACGUUCUAAAAAUAUUUGACUUCCAGACACGGCGUGGGUGUAUUGAUGUCGCCUUGUUGUUGGAACAGUUUAUGAAGGAUAUUCUCACCAAAUUUACAAAGCAUUCUUCACAAAUGAACAGCAGAUCACGCAGAUGGCUUUUUGCUUACGAACUUUUGGCCACUUGCAUCCAUAUAGUUAGUCACUCGGCUGUGUUGACCGGGUUAGAGGCAUUUCUUCUGGAGUUCCACUUAACGUUUAUCAAGUUCAAUAUUCUGACGAAACGACGUCCCAGUAAAGUGAGCAUAGAGUAUCGCUCAUACGUUUCGGAACAACUGAGUUCGUUAGUGAGUCUCAUCUCUCACAGACUUGGGCAGAUAGCUCACAAAGAGAGAUACAAUCUCAUCUAUUGA